AGCGCCUCGCCGCCCUCACAGCAAAUAAUUUCUUCCUAAUAUCUAAUCUAAUUCUACCCCCUUUCGAUUUAAAGACAUUCCUCCUUGUCUUAUCACUACAUGCCCUUCUCCAAAGGUCCUCAUCCAUGAUAAAGCAUAGUGGACUACUGCACAGUGGAUUGUGCAGUCUUUUCUCUGCAAAGGGGCUCACAUCUGGUAGGUGAAACAGAGAAUUGCCUGCACAGAGGGGAAGGGAUAAAGCUCUUGAGCUCAGGAUAACCAGGGGCCCCUUCUCAGGAUGCCACACCCUGGCCAUCCCCUUCUGCUCCACCACUUCUGGGGACCCCCACCCCAGCCAGCCCCAGCCAAUGACCCCAUAGCACAGGACAGGGAGGAGCUGCUGGCAGGGGAUAAAAACCUCCAUGGGGUCUGCAGCUCAGCUACAGGGUCUGUGUCCUCCCGCCGCUCUGAGCAAAGCCGCCUGCCACCAUGGUGCACUGGUCAGCUGAAGAGAAGCAGCUCAUCGCCAGCCUCUGGGGCAAGGUCAAUGUGGAGGAAUGCGGUGCCGAGGCCCUGGCCAGGCUGCUGAUUGUCUACCCCUGGACCCAGAGGUUCUUUGCUUCCUUUGGGAACCUCUCCAGCCCCACCGCCAUCCUCGGCAACCCCAAGGUCCGUGCCCAUGGCAAGAAAGUGCUCACCUCCUUUGGGGAAGCUGUGAAGAACCUGGACAACAUUAAGUCGACCUACGCCAAGCUGUCUGAGCUGCACUGUGAGAAGCUGCACGUGGACCCUGAGAACUUCAGGCUCCUUGGAGACAUCCUAAUCAUUGUCCUGGCUUCCCACUUUGGCAGGGAUUUCACCCCUGCUUGCCAGUUUGCCUGGCAAAAGCUGGUCGGUGUCGUGGCUCACGCUCUGGCCCGCAAGUACCACUGAGCAUCCCAGGACCAGCCGUGCAAGGAAGAAUCCCUGCUCCACCACAAGCACCUCUGAGCCCGAGGAGAUGCCCUGUGGGUAUUGACAGGCUGUAACCACCAAAUAAAGGCUUUCCAGCACUGUG